CAAAGCAGACUCGUUCAUUUCCCCCCGGUGCGAAUCCGCCCCAAACUGCGUCGAGGAGUCAUGUGAUUGCGAUGAGGGGUACCGCGUCCGGAAGUGCCGGAAGUGCGUGCAGCCCCUCGGGGUCACCACCUUGCCCCACGAGGAUUUCGUCGCUGGCACCUGCGCCACCUGCCGCAUCCCCGAUCCUUCCGAGUGCGCGAAGUACAGCACGGAUUACUGCGUCUACGUCGACGAAAUGCCGAAGCUGACGCAGCAGCGGGCGAUAUCAUUUGUAAAAACAUUCUGCUAGACAAGUCAGGGAGUCAAGAUGGGAAAUCUGCUAGACAAAUCAGCCAGCUUUGGCCGUUUGGCAUGACAAGUUUGUCCUCGUAGUCUCAUCCUAUUUAGGCAGUUCAGCAGCAUCACAGACCUAGCACAUCAUGCUGAUCAUAGCAUCACAAAUCCCAAAACAUGACUAGAAAACGCCUCUCAUGGCGCUCCGCAUGGCAAACUUUUUUGGCAUGCAGAUCGGCAGGACAACUCUGGGAUGGGGAGGUUUUUACUCAGAAUAACCGAACCAGAUGUUGGUGGACUUCCUGGGCGGUUUCUCCCAGCCCAGUACGCCGCAGUUCCGGUGUAUGGGAGUGUCAGGAUCGAAAUCGACAAAGUCGAAAUUAUCUGUCAUGCAUAAAAUCCUACACAGAAAGCGACUCUAUUGCAGAGGAUGCAAGGAAGGCGGAUUGUAGUCGUGGUAGGGGCCAAGUGUUGGGCUGCUGACUAGCAUGACAGAAUGCAGCUCUUUUGCCCUAAACCGCAUGACAGAUUCGGUUCCAGGACGGGGAAAAUUUGUCAUGCGCCGACUAAAAACUGUGGGUCUAAUUGGCAACGAAUUUGCGCAUCACAAAUUUUUCGAUUUUGUCAAUUUAGAUUCUCUCACUUCCAUACGGUGCACGCAGUGCGCGAACUUGGCGUUUACCUUGAAAAACGGGAAGUGCGAGUACGAUUUGGAGAGGAAAACCGAGUUGACGGUGGGGAAGCUGGUAUCUGGCGCGUGCAAAUUGGAUCCGAAUUGCGCCGUGUUCCGCCCGA